GAAAAAAUGAUGUAUUUAUAUCUAUGCCAACUGGUUCGGGGAAGUCACUCUGCUUCCAAUUACCAGCUGUUGCCCACGAAGGUGUCGCAUUUGUUGUUUCACCCUUAAUUGCAUUAAUAACUGAUCAACUCAGCCAUCUACAUGAAUUAAAAGUGCAUGCUGUAUCAAUCAACUCAAAAACAACAAUCACAGAACGUAAACGUACUAUUGAGCAUCUUCUUAGCCUUCCUAAAUGUACUGCCCUAAAUUCUGUGAAGCUGGUUUACGUUACACCUGAGCAAUGUCAAACGGAUUUGUUCAAAAACAUUGCCACAAAACUGACUAAGGCGAAGUGCGUCAGCUAUUUUGUUGUUGAUGAAGCCCACUGCGUUUCCGAGUGGGGGCAUGAUUUUAGGCCUGACUACCUUAGACUCGGUACUGUACGCUUGACUCUGUUCCCUGAUGUCCCUUGUGUCGCACUAACUGCAACAGCUAAACCACAUGUGAAGGCUGAUAUUAUUCAAAAACUGAAACUUGGCACAUUGUCCAACUGUGAUACGAUUCUUUAUCCAUUGAAAGAAUUUAAAAUAGGAGUUUUUCGUCAUAAUCUGCACUAUUCUGUCGUCUUCACAGAUAUCUACGAUGAUCCACUUGGAGAAUUGUUUCACCAUGCCUCAUUUUGCCUUAAGUGGGAUACCAAGCCAAAAGAGAGCUGGGUAGAUAUUGCAAUGGAUUCUCUUGGCUGCGGAAUUAUUUACUGUCGUACUCGUGAUGAGUGCGAAUGUCUUGCUCAUAAGCUUUCUUCUCGCGGGCUACCUACACGUGCGUAUCACGCAGGUCUUUCUAAAGUCUAUCGGGAAGAGGUACAAAUGGCGUGGUCUUCAGGAAAAUGCCCUGUAGUUGCCGCGACAAUAAGUUUUGGUAUGGGCGUGGAUAAAUCGAACGUUAGGGUAGAUAAGUUCCUCAUGUUGCUGCGUGCCUUAGGCUGA